CACGCAGUUAGUCCUGCAGCUACGCGUGAAGCGCCUUCGAGGCAGAGAGAUGUUGUUUGUAGAGUAAAAACGACUCCAGGCUUUGGUAGAGACUGUGUGACAUUGAACGAACAGGACGUAGAACGGACGAGGUCGUUCACAAACCGUUCACUGUUUCUAACUUGUCACGUCCGCCUCGGUCCGCCACCGUAUGUGACGAUGUCGUGAACGUUAGACAUUUCGAUGGACGCGUCGGCCGCUCACUACGUACUUAACGUCUCCCAGUGAAUGUGCAUCGUCGUCGGGGCGGAGGUUGCUGCUGUUCUCGGCUAUUAUCCUAGCCUAGCGGCUCGAAGAAGGGAAGUAGAUACAGGACAGACAGGAGACGCCAUCAAUAUUGUUCUAUUUUAACGCUUUGCUGACGAGGCGCUCGUUGCUCCGGGUCGGAACACCAAGUCGGAUAAAGAAGCCGGAGAAAGCCAAAGGUCAACUUAAGGUUCUCUGUGUGUCCUAAAUGGGGGACUACGGGUUUGGAGUUCUGGUGAAGAACAGUAGCAGCAGCAGCAGCAGCAAAUCUGCUUUCCCCGUACGGAUCCCUCCUCACCUCCAAACACAGCACCACCCUUCCGACCCCCCCAGCCCACCUUCCUUCGUGAACAACACCUGCUCCACUAAUGGGGGCUGCGCUUGGCUGUUCCCUACAGUAGCCCAACACACUAACAUGCAAGAUGAGAUUCUGGAGACGGACAAGUCCAAGGCCUUGGACCUCCAGGACAUGCAGGAGAAGUCUCAGGUUCCGAUCCAGCCCCAGUCCCUGUCUCCGUGCCAGCAGGAGGCUGGGGGAGGACUAGGGGAGCUGGAUGGAGCUCUCCCUGACGAUGGUCCACUGGAGAAGGGCUCCUUGGAAAGCAGCGGUGGGAAGGAGAAGCUGAGGAUGGAGUCUCCGGUGCUGCCCGGCUUCGACUACCAGGACAGCCUGGGAAUGGGUACAAACAUCGCACAAGCCACCUCCUCCGCAUCUUCACUUACCAGCUUCAACAACUGGUCCCCUGCCGUCCAGUCCAGUCAGUCCCCCAUUGUCGGUGAGGACAUCGGAGGGUUUUUUGCCCCCACUAGUUCCAAUGCCAACGGACCUCCUCUGCUGUUCCAGAACUUCUCCCACCACACCGGUCCUGGCUUUGGGGCAGGGGGCAGUUUCUCCCCUCAGAUUGGACCGGUCUCCCAGCACCAUGCUCCUGCACCCCACCCUCAGCAUUACCACGCCCACGGUCAGGGUGUGCCCCAGCAGCACCGGCGCUCCCCGGCCAGUCCUCAUACUCCCCAGCCCUCGUUCUCUCCACAUCCUCAUCGCACUGGAGCGUUCACCCAGCUCCCUCAUCUGGGCCCCACCCAGAACAAACCCCCCUCACCUUGGGCCAGCUUUCAAAGCCCCUCCACUCCCCCGUCUUCCUCCUGGAGCCCUGGUGGGUAUGGUGGCUGGGGGGGCACUCAGGUGAGUCGAGACUACAGGAGAGGGGUGGUUGGGGGCGUGACUGGCCUUAACUCCAUCUCUUCACUGAAGAAGUCCUUCCCCAACAACCAGGUCCCCCCCCAGAAGUUCUCCCGAAACAGCUCUGGCUUCAAUCACAAGGGCUGGGUGGAGGAGAGCAUGAGCCGCAGCGACAGCAUCUACCCUUUCCAGGAGAGAACGCGCUCCUUUGACGGCUUCAGUAUGCACUCUCUGGAGAACUCGCUCAUCGACAUCAUGAGGGCGGAGCAGGAUUCCUUGAAAGGACGUUACAGCUUCUCUCACCAGGGGGGAGACGGACCGCUGCCUCUGAACGCCAGAAGUUAUGGCAGAAGACGAGGUAAUUCCUCUCUGUUUCCUAUGGAGGAUGAGCGCUCGUUUGGCGAGGAUGAGUCAGGUGACCAGGGACUGCCAGGCCUAGGCUCCGCCCACUGUUUCCCCCACCUCAACGGUGAACGCGUAGAGAGAUAUUCUCGUAAGGUGUUUGUUGGAGGGCUGCCCCCCGACAUAGAUGAAGAUGAAAUUACUGCCAGUUUCCGUCGAUUCGGUCAUUUGUUCGUGGACUGGCCCCAUAAGGCCGAGAGCAAGUCCUAUUUCCCACCUAAAGGCUACGCUUUUCUGCUGUUCCAAGACGAGAGUUCUGUCCAAGCUCUGAUCGACACCUGCAUCCAGGAGGACGGCAAACUCUACCUGUGUGUGUCCAGCCCCACCAUCAAAGACAAACCUGUCCAGAUCCGACCCUGGAACCUGAACGACAGUGACUUUGUCAUGGAUGGAUCUCAACCCCUGGACCCGAGGAAGACCAUCUUUGUGGGAGGCGUCCCCCGACCCCUGAGGGCAGUGGAGCUCGCCAUGAUCAUGGACCGUCUGUAUGGGGGAGUGUGCUAUGCCGGAAUCGACACCGACCCAGAACUGAAGUACCCGAAAGGGGCGGGGCGUGUGGCCUUCUCCAAUCAGCAGAGCUACAUAGCGGCCAUUAGUGCCCGGUUUGUCCAACUGCAGCACGGGGAGAUUGAUAAACGGGUGGAAGUGAAGCCAUACGUCCUGGAUGACCAGCUGUGCGAUGAGUGCCAGGGGACGCGGUGUGGGGGGAAGUUCGCCCCCUUCUUCUGCGCCAACGUGACCUGUCUGCAGUACUACUGCGAGUACUGCUGGGCGGCCAUCCACUCCCGAGCCGGCCGCGAGUUCCACAAACCGCUGGUGAAGGAGGGAGGGGAUCGACCUCGACACAUAUCCUUCCGCUGGAACUGAGGCGAGGGGAGGAUGGAGGUCCGGGGAGGGACGGGGGGGGGGGCGAUUGUGGGCAGGGUACGGGCUGUAAAAUUAAAAGCACUUUUCUUUUAAGUUAAGAAAAUAAAAAAUCUAAGUUAUUUUUUUAUAUAAUUUUUUAAUUGGGCCUUCUUAAAGAAGUAAAUGUUAAGAGUGAAAAUCCAGUUUAGGUUUUUGACUUCACGUGUGCAUGACGGUGCAUAAGAUUUGGAUUUAGACCUGGUUUUCUGACUUGACUACUUUUUUUUUUUUUUUUCUAGCGUUAACUGGUGAAGCUGCUUACAUUUGUUGUCUAAAAUAAGAGUUCACGUGAGGUUCAUCGUACCUGAAUCUGUGUACUAACAAUGAACGUUGGGUUUGAGGUGGGCGGGGCUUUUGUUAAUUUUUCUGCUGGCAGGAUGAUGGGAUGGAAGAACAGAACUUACCAAAGGUGGAGUGGAACAGAACAGAAAACAAGGCGGUUUAAAAAAGUUGGAAGACUUGAGAUUUUCAAGCAGUGAAAUGUUUGGCAUCAGGCAGAAGAAGUUAAAAACAAAAAAAAAGAAAAAGUCUGUCAAACGCUGCUGGCAGGAUGUUUAAGGUCUUGACUUGAAAAGUUUACACUUUGCCACCGGUCAGGGUGAACCAAAGAUUGGCCUAAAAGACGUCAUCAGAAGCAGACAUCGAUGUGAGGGUUGGUAGGAUGACGCCCACGUCCGCUUGUUGUGCGGCUGGAGUGACGAGUCAGGAUCAGGACGCGGGGGUUUCAGAGUUGUAGCGGUCAAAGUCGCGGCCCUCGGGGCUCAGGUGUUGGCAGUCGUAUUUGCUUACUUUAUAACGUCAGGGAUAAUGGCACUGGACGCCAACAUGCUAACAUGCUAAUGCAGUACAAAGUCAUGGGGAUACACAGUGUGGUCUCCCUGAGCUGUUUCCCAUGGUGCACCACUGCACGUUCUAUAAUGACUGGAGCUUCUAUAACAAGUGUUGUGGUUGGUUGUGGUAGUAGCUAGACCUCGCUGUCACAGAGAUAAAGAUAUUAUUUUAUACAUGGCCUGCUGAUUUUUGUACAGUGUUUUAUAGCUGAUUAUUUUGUCAUGAACAUAUAUACAUUUAUUAUGCACUACUUUUAUAAAUAUUUUUUUCAAUAGUCAUUUUAGGCACAUUUUUCACAGAUGGGAGAACUCUUUUUGCAAUACCUCAUUUUUUUUCACUUGGUGAAAAAUAAUUUUGUACCUUUGUUACUAAAAAAACUGCAUUUAUGGUAAACUUAAUUUAAAAAGAAAAAGAUGAAUGAUAUUAAUAUAAUUUUCAAUUAGCUUUUAUAUAUUUAAGUGCUGGUGAAACUGAAAAUCGUCUGGUGCAUCGAUGUGAUUCUGUAGAUAAAGGAAAAAAACAAAAACAAAAAUGGAACCAAGGCUGUCAACGAGAACAUUAUCAACGUAGGCUGACGUUUGGCUCCGACUGUAGGUGGGAUUCUCACGGUCGGGGUCCGUGUCCGCGGGUAUCAGCCGUUGAAAUAUUUAGAGGCUCUUUCUGGAACUGCCUGCGAGUUCCAGCUGUUCUUGGCAUGCUUCAUAUGUUCUACACACGACGUGGCUAGUGUUGAUGCAGGGCCCCGUGGAAUGCACUAGAACUCCUUCCAACGCCUUUCUUUUCCUCAUGUCUUGGAGAUCACCUCUCUCUCUCUCUCUCGUAGCCUCUCUGAUCUGGUGUUGGAGUCUGCCUUCCUCACAGACGUGACGUUUAUGCAAUCCACACAGAGACAAGACUUGGACCAGUUUUGGAUCUGUCUGUUGUGUUUUUCUUUUGAAUUAUUAUUGUUAUUAUUUAAUGUAGAUGACACUCAGUAGGUCAUCACUUGACCCCUCACCCCUCACCCCCCCUCCUUGUGAUGUGGCAUGCUUUGGGACAUAACCUGAAUGUGAUUUAAUGUUGCAAGUUAACUUUGAGCCAUUAUGUGCAAUAUUCUUUCCAGAAACAAGUGUCCGCAGUGUAAGUGGUUGAACCUCCACAGACCAGGCUGUCAAUCAAACCUUCUUUUCUAUUCUUCAUACUGUUGUCAGCGGGAAAAAAAAAAAAAAAAAAAAACAGACAGUAAUUUAUAACUAAAUUUAUUUUUUAACAUUAGUUUUGUGCUUAUUUACUUAUUUUGCUACAACCAUGCUACUGUGAUUGAAAACAUUGUACAUAAUAGGUUGAUGAUGUAUUUAGUAUUUGCUAUAUUUUCAAUUGAAAUGUUUAACUCUGAUUUUUGCUGAGAUUUCUGUUCUAUUUUUGGGGUGACGUGUUAAACUCAUGUCUAGUUUUUUCUAAUUGUUGUAUCGUGCUCCACACUUUCAGAUGAAAAGAAUAUUAUGUCUUAGUAUUACUUGAUUGCAAAAUUUCAAUCGUUUUUAAUUGUAUGCUGGGAAGGUUAUAUUUAUUAACUUUUUUUACCUGAUAUUUUGAUUUUUAUUAAGCUGUUUGGACAUUUAUACGUCAUCUCUGAUUUUUUUUUAUUCUCACCCUGAUUAAUUUAUGCUACAACAGAAGUCAGUUUUUAUGGUUGGUUUGUAGUAUUGAAGUGAAAACAAAGAUCUAAUGUCAUAACGCCACCUGCUGCCAACUCUUUGUAACUGUAUGCAUACAUUUGAAGUAUUUGUAAUGUGAGAUGUUGAAUGAAUAAAAACAGCUGUGAGGAAGAGUCA